CAGAUUAUAAAUAACCGAACCCCAUGCAUCCGUCCUCAUUUUAAAUUCGCCGCUGCAUUAAAAUGUCAAAGACCCAGCCUACUUGUGAAAGUGCUUUCGCUGCGCGUUUCUCCCCAUUGUAGCCCCAGUGCGCCCCCAAAACCGCCGAAAACACAAACAUAAACCGCCGCCAACCCCUCGCAGUCCGUCAUGGCAGAAAGCGGCAGUGAAGACCGCAGAAAUUUUAUCACCAUUCGGAAACAGUUCCUGCGCCACCUGUCGGCCAGUGAUAACGUGACCGAACUGUCACAGCGCUUCGGCGCGCUCGAUUCAAACUUCGAACGAGUGGAUUUCGUGGUGGAGUUGUGGAAAGCGUCGAAGAUUGGGGUGGAGUUUCAAAGUGGGGGGAAAAGUGAUGAAGUGGCGGUUAAGUUUAGGGAGAAGGGGAACGAAAUGUUUAAAAUUAAGAAGUUGAAGGAGGCGUGGGAGUUUUAUACGAGGAGUAUUUGUUAUGCGGAGGAGGAGAGUGUUAAUUUGGGUUUAGCGUUUGCUAAUAGGUCGGCGGUGUUGUUUGAACUUAAUCUGCACAGUCAGUGCUUGAUGGAUAUUAAUCGAGCUUUGGAGCAUCAUUAUCCUGAGCAUCUGAAACCUAAGUUGUUUGUGAGAGAAAAGAACUCGAAGAAUCUUGAGCUUGAGGCUUUUACUAAACCACACGAUUCUGUGCCUGUUAUCACUGAUCCGAAUUUGAAGGUUCAGUGUGCUGGUAGUUGUUUGGAAGUUGAGGAAGAUGAAGAUUUCGGUCGUUACGUUGUAGCUGCUAGAGAUAUCAAAGCAGGGGAGGUUCUAGCUGUAGAAAAACCCUUUGUUUUACUUUUAGUCAAACACUACUUAAGUCACUGUCACGAGUGUGUUAGUUUAUCGUACAACUUAAUACCUUGUAAGGGCUGCACCAGCGCCCUCUACUGUAGCCAGACUUGUAGAGACCAAGCCUUCCAAAAGUAUCACAAAUACGAGUGCUCAAUUUUAGCCACAAUUAGGUAUCUCGAAUUAGACAAGCUAAAAAUAUUACCACUUAGAAUCGCUUUUCUUGUCAAAGACCACUACAACGAAAUUGCAAGCUUGAAAGUCAAUCCCAACGAAAUUUAUCAAUCUGACAGAUACACAGAAAUCCACAACUUAGUCACAAACUGCUCAAAAAGAUCUGUCUCAGACUUAUUCGAACGAGCCACUGCCGCUGCAAUAAUUUUCACUCUAGUCAAAGACCACACCACAUUUUUUGAAGACUUGAACGAAAAAACAGAACGAGUGUUCAAAGAAAUUUUGCUUUUGCAUAUGCAAACUGGUCCUUCGAAUUUUCACGAAAUCACUGAACUAUCGCCUAACUCUGGUACGUACCAACCUGAAGAAGUGGCCAGUGGUGCUUUUGCGUUUUUGAGUCUUCUGAAUCACUCUUGUUGUCCUAAUGUUACCAGGUUUUGUUAUGGGUCCACUCUGGUUCUCCGAGCGAUUCAAGAUAUCAAGAAAGGGGAGCAGUGUUUUGAUAAUUAUGGUUAUCACCAUGCCGUGAUGACUAGGAGUGAUCGUCGGGAGCAUUUGAAAAGCCAGUAUUAUUUUGACUGUGUUUGUCAAGCCUGUGAAAACGACUGGGGGUUGUACGAAGACCUUCCUAGUGUGGAUGAUACAGAACUCGAUGAUUCUGUAGUGGAGAAAUUGUCAGCAGGUGAAGUCAGAGCUGCCAAAGAUGUUCUAGAAAAAGCGUUGGAGAAAUUACAAGUGUUUCAGAAAUUGCAGCCUUGUAAGAAUUUUUGUCAGAUGCAGGAGAUUGUUAAGCAGUGUUUUGCGAUUUUUGGGAAUAAGAGAAGAAUAUUUUGAACCUGUUUGUUAUUUUUCAGUUGCUGUUACCAUUUGUGUUAGUGCUCUAGGGUUUGAAUAAUAUUUCAACCGUAAUAAAAAUUGACUAAAACUUA